AUGGCUGAAGGAGGUCGGUUGCUCCUGUCGGAGCAGGUGUAUCACGCAUGCCUGGCUCAUGCGCUGAUGAGUGAAAAUGAAGAGAUCAUGGGAUUGCUUCUUGGCGACGUCGAAGGCUCUGAGGUUCGGAUAUGGUGUUCAAUGACCCUGCGCCGAAGUGACAAGCAACCAGAUCGAGUCGAAAUCGCACCAGAGCAGCUGGUUCAGGCAGUCCAUGUGGCGGAUGAGUUGAACAAGGUGCUGCAGUGCCGUACCAGGGUGGUGGGCUGGUACCACUCGCAUCCGCACAUCACCUGCUUUCCAAGCCAUGUAGAUCUUCGAACUCAGCUGGAGUACCAGAUUAUGGAUGCAGACUUUGUUGGAUUGAUCUUUGGAGUUUUCAACUACGGAGACUCUGGUGGCAUCCAUCAUGAGCUCAUCGCUUUCCGCACACACGAGGAGGGAGGACAGCAUCAACAGAGAAACUUGGCUGUCGAAGUGGUCCCUCUUUGCCAGCUGCUCUCGCAGGAAGAUGAGGCUGCAGCGGUACAGCUUCAGGAGUUCGGAGGCUUCUUCGGCCAGAGCACCAUUUGCACCGUUGCCGAGCACACUUUGGCGGAAGUCUUGGAGAUGCACGAUGGAGGCCCGGAAGGCCAGGAGCCGGAGCCCUCCGCUGCUCGGACGCGUCGGGAAGAUCAUGAGGUCUCUUUGACAAGGCUCAGGCAGAAGGCGUCUUUGAUUGGGACUCUUUUCCGUGUUGCUGGCGAGAGCAUCGCCCCGCUGGAGGGAUACUUCCAGGACUCAACGAAGAACUGCCAGGUCUUUUCGAAGAUUUGGGACAAGCCGCAAGAGGAACCCGAAGGAUCGCCGGAGAAGUCCAAAAGCGACGGGCAGAAAGAGGCAGAGCUGUCGACCCCGAAAGCUCAGCAAACCGUGGAGAUUGUGAAUGGCUCUCCAGCACCAACGGAACGGGAGGACGAAACUCCGGAACAGAAGUCUGCAGCAAGCGGCAGGCUACCGGACCAUCAAGGCCAGCAGUCGAAAGAGGAAGAUACAGGCGCAGCUGCAGAUUCGACAGACGAUCCAGCCGCGCAUGUUGCGAUGGACUGCUCUGGAGCUUCAGAACCUGCAGAUGCCAAUGUCCAAGAAGGAAGCAGCCAGAUGUCUUCCGUGUCAGCUUCAGCUCGAGUUCCGCCGGACGCUGACAACAUCACGAGCUUGAAGCACAACUUUGGGGAGCCUGGAUACUGCCUCUGCCAACUGAAUCUGAGGAGUGAAUACGACACGCCGCGGAAAUGCUCCCGCAAGAGCUCGCCCUCUGCCCUGCGGUGUACUCAACACCUCAACAGCAAGACGGCCAUGAGCUUCUGCAAUGAGAUGCACCUGGAUUGGAGCUGCGUCCGAGCCGAUCUGCAGAACGGAGCAUUUCGAGUGGAAUUCCACUGUGAUACGCCAUCCAGCAGGAGACAUCCGGAUGCGGAGGGAGCGCAGGAUAAGCGACCUCCAGCCCGCGACUUCUCGGUCGCAGUAUUUGGGAACGAAGCUCUCAGAGCAGUGGCGGACUACGUUGCGGGGAAGUCCUAUGAGGCACUGACAAAGCAUGCGGAACCACCUGCAAAGAAGCCUCGCAUCAGGUAG